AUGGCUGAUAAAGGGGAUCUCAAUGCUACAACCUAUGGGGCAACUGCCACGGAUGGCGAGGAUACCAAGAAUGCGAAACUCGGUGGGGAGUCGGAGCACGAUGUGGAGGCUGUUACGGAUCCCUUUGCGGCGCCGUUGAAACGGCAGCUCAAGUCGCGGCAUUUGCAGAUGAUUGCCAUUGGAGGAAUCAUUGGUCCUGGCUUGCUUGUAAGCUCCGGCAAUGCGUUGCAUGAGGGAGGGCCUGCCGGCUCGCUGAUCAGCUUUUCCUUGGUUGGGAUUAUCGUGUUCUUCGUUAUGCAAUCCCUUGGUGAGAUGGCGACUAUUAUCCCCGUGACUGGCUCGUUCAUUGAGUAUGCUGAGCGGUUUAUCGAUGAUGCCUUGUCGUUUGCAUUAGGCUGGGCCUAUUGGUAUUUAUGGGUUACUGUCCUCGCAAAUGAAUACAACUCGAUAUCUCUUGUUAUCGAGUAUUGGACUACUGCAGUUCCGCAAUGGGGCUGGAUUCUCAUAUUUUGGUUCCUCUUCUUGACACUGUCAAACCUAGGAAUUUUGGCAUACGGAGAAAUGGAGUUCUGGCUUUCCAUAAUCAAGGUCGUGGCUCUCAUCGUAUUUUUCAUCCUGGCUAUCUGCAUAAGUUCUGGUGCAAUCGGACCACAAGCCAUUGGAUUCAAAUAUUGGCAUCAUCCAGGUGCAUUUGCAGAUGGCAUUAACGGUGUGGCCAAAACAUUUGUUGUAGCAGGGACUUUGUAUGCUGGAACGGAGAUGGUCGGUAUAACAGCGGGCGAAUCGUCGAAUCCUCGCAAAGCAGUACCAAGAGCCAUCAAGCAGGUCUUUUGGCGCAUUUUAAUUUUCUACGUUGGCACAAUAUUCUUCAUCGGCAUCCUUAUUCCGUGGAAUGACAAGCAGCUUCUUGGCGCAGACUCCAAAACCGCAAGCUCACCUUUAACCAUUGCUCUAACAGAUGCGGGAAUCCUCCCAGCUGCACAUCUCAUUAACGCUCUGAUUGUGAUUAGUGUCAUCUCGGCUGGUAACAGUUCUCUAUAUGUAGCCUCGAGAACACUUCUCUUCAUGUCUCGCAAUGGCAAGGCUCCAAAGUUUAUUGGGCGGACAAAUCGUGCAGGUGUACCUUGGGUCGGUCUGAUCAUGACCAAUAUCUUCGCCUGCAUUGUCUUUCUGGAGCAAUCGUCCAGUGCUGGGACAGUCUAUUCAGCGCUCAUCACCUUAUCCGGCGUUGCUACAUUCAUCGUGUGGUCUGUCAUCGGAGUGUGCCACAUCCGCUUCCGACGCGCACUCGUCGCACAAGGGGAAGAUCCAUCCAAACUCCCCUAUCAAGCCGUUCUCUACCCAUACGGUACAUACAUCGCUCUCGCGGCGAACAUUUUCCUCGUUUUCUUCCAGGGAUACACGUGUUUCCUGAAUCCUUUUAGCGCGUCGGACUUCGUGAUCAACUACAUUCUCCUGCCUGUUUUUGUUUUGUUCUUCGUUGUAUAUAAGGUUUCGAACAAAACGAAAUGGAUUCGAUUGAAGGAUAUGGAUAUAUGGACCGGUCGAAGAGAAUUUGCGAAUGAUGAAGAGGAAGUUGACAAGGAUCAUGGAUGGUGGGGGAAGCUUUAUGCAGUUGUUAUCGGGUGA